CACCCAGCUCCACUGCCACCAACUGCCUUAGCGACCGAGCGCGCGACCAACUGUGCCGCUCACGUGACAGAAAUCAAUCCACCAAUCGGGGGUCACUUCCGCAUGACCAUGCGGGUCCGCCCCUUUCUCCCACGUGCGUACUUGCUCUCCUAUAAUUCUAACCUGUGAGACUACCUUCAAGUUGUAUGCUUAAGGGGAAGCAGCGCCUGCUGCUGUCAGGAAUUGUAACCAAUUACCAAAGAGAAACCUAGUGCAACUCCUUUGACUUCGGCAGAGCUGGAUUUGUAUGCGAGGACUGAAUCUGACCUCUGUUUUUAAGCUAGUCCUUCCAUUUAAAGGGCAUCAUCCUGCAGCUCUUAUUCAUGGGAGAAUUCCCACCGACAUUCAUUUGCAUUUUCCUCAUCAGUAAGAACUAAAAGAUCAGACUAUUCCAACAGGACAGUCUUUGGCUAAUCUGGAAUUGUUGACAUACUUCCAUUUUCAGUUUGUUUAUAAAAUAGUUAGAUGGAAUUUAAAAUUGAACACACAUGGGACAGUUUACCAGUGAGUCAUGAGCCAGUAACUGUCAGGUUGAAGUCAGGCAGUGCAGGAUUGCUGAUGGAAGUAAGUGCCCCCUUCUUUAACGAUCCUCCAGCACCACUUGGAGAGCCAGGAAAGCCUUUCAGUGGACUGUGGGACUAUGAGGUUGUCGAAGCAUUCUUCUUGAGUGAGAGAACUAAGCAGUACUUAGAAGUUGAACUCUGUCCCCAUGGACAACAUUUAUUGCUGUUGCUUUCUGGCAGAAGAGGAGUUUGGAAACAAGAACUUGCUUUAACAUUUGAAGUGUCCAGAACAGAGACCAAAUGGGAAGGCAGAGCUCAUCUUCCUUGGAGUUAUUUUCCACCAUGCAUUGACAAGUUUAAUGCAUUUGCAAUUCAUGGAUCAGAAGCAAAGAGAACAUAUGAAGCACUUUACCCUGUGCCUCAGCAUGAAAUUCAGAAAGGACAGAAACCGGAUUUCCAUCGCUUGGAAUUUUUCAAACAACUUAACCUGAAAGUGUUAAUGGGAGAAGAUUGGAAACAGCCUGAAUCAGAUCUGUGGAUGUCAACUGAUUAGAUAAAUGGAUAAAAAAAUUUAGAUAUUUGAUAUGAUUCCAGGUGGUUGAAGCUAUAGGAACCAACCUUUUCAGCUAAACUAUGAUAAGAGCUUUAGUAUGCAUUUAUAAAUGUCAUAAAAAAUGAGUGUUUGAAAGCCUGUUUAAGCACCAAAAAAGGCAACCUUUUAAAAAGUCAAUUAUCUGCAGCAGUUAUAUCUAAAAAUCAUGGGUCAAUGGGGUAGAGGUUCUUUUCUAUUACCUCAUCAAGAUACACAUGUGGAACUCGCAUGUUCAUGUAAGAUGGAGGUGAGCCCAUUUAAGUCAUUCAGUCUAUGCCCUUGGGCCUGCUAGUGCAGAGAAAAAGAUACUCUAACUAGGGUUGUACAUUUAGGUUAUUCAGGUUAGAGUUCUUGGAAAAAUCCAGUGUUUGAGCUGGAAUAUCUCAGGUUAUACAGUAUAAUCUCAGCAUUUCUCCCUUACAUUGAGAGAUCGUCAAAUAUUUAGAGAGAUUUUUCACUGCUACAUGGUUUUUCAUAACUGUUGCCAUUGUGAUUCCUGUUACCACUGGUAAUUAAAUGAUAAAUUUGUCCUAUUAA